UCAUUCGAGCAGCCGGGCUCAGAGCGGAGUGAGAGCCGGGGAGAGACGCUGCUGCUCGGGGCGACCGGCGGAUACAAGCCAGGAUGUUUCUCCUCGAAAAACCCUGCGUUUAAAAAAAACACACAGCGUCAGUUGAUCGAAGCUGCGGACAAAAGCCCCGAAUCGAGACGGAUGAGCCCGCUGUGUCCACCGUGUCCCUAGGUGAAUCUGUCUUUGUUCGGCUGUGACAUCUGCCCUUCACCUCCAACAUGGAUCAGUCAGAGAAGCAGCACAGGUCGGACGACGAGGCGGAAUACGAGGACGAGGAGGUGGAUCCGAGAAUCCAGGGGGAGCUGGAGAAACUCAACCAGUCCACGGACGACAUCAACAGAUGUGAGACGGAGCUGGAGGAUGCGAGGCAGAAGUUCCGCUCCGUUCUGUUCGAGGCCACGGCGAAGUUGGAUGAGCUGGUGAAGAAGAUUGGCAAGGCUGUCGAGGAGUCGAAGCCGUACUGGGAGGCCCGCAGGUUGGCCCGACAGGCCCAGCUGGAGGCUCAGAAGUCCACGCAGGACUUCCAGAGAGCCACCGAGGUUCUGCGGGCAGCGAAGGAGACCAUCUCCCUGGCUGAGCAGAGGCUCCUGGAGGAGGACAACCGGCAGUUUGACUCCGCCUGGCAGGAGAUGCUGAACCACGCCACCCAGCGGGUGAUGGAGGCGGAGCACACCAAGACGAGAAGCGAGCUGCUGCACAAGGAGACGGCGGUAAAAUAUACGGCCGCGAUCAGCCGCAUGAAGCAGCUGGAGAAGAAACUCAAACGCACCAUCAACAAGUCUAAGCCCUACUUCGAGAUGAAGGCGAAGUACUAUCUGCAGCUGGAGAACCUGAAGAAGAACGUGGACGAGCGGCAGGCCAAGCUGUUGCAGGCCAAAGGCGAAUACAAGACGGCCCUCAGGAACCUGGAGACGAUCUCCGACGAGAUCCAUGAGCGACGACGGAACUCCGCCAUGGGCCCCCGGGGGAGAGGCGUGGGCUCAGAGGGCGACAGCGUUUCCGACAUCUCCAGCUUCAAAAUGGAGUCUGAUGGAAUAUCGAUGGCGUCAGUGUGUUUCGAUGACGAGGCGUAUGGCGGCGGCGGCAGCAUCAUGUCUGAAGAAGACUCGGAAACUCGCUCCACCUGCAGCUUGGGUUCUUCUCCCAGCAGCCCUCAGGACCUCAUGUCGCCCUGCCCCUUCGUCAGCUCCUCCUCUUCCUCAUACACGUCCUCCUCUGCCUCUCCAUCACCGACUCCCUCCUCCUCUUCGUCCUCCCCUGCUCCUCCCUCCAGGCCCUGCAGCCUGGAUCUUCCCAGCACCGUGUCGUUGUCCGACUUCAGCCUCAUCUCGCCGGUGCUCGGGCCUCGCAGCGAGUGCAGUGGAGCGUCGUCGCCUGAGUGCGACCUGGAGAGAGGUGACCGGGCAGAAGGUGCAGAGGGGGAUCUGGACAACGCUCCCACUGCAAACAACAACAGCAGCUCCACCUCCACCUCCGCCGCCAAGAAGCCCUUCAGCCUGGAGGCACGCUUCAGCUUUCUGAACUUGCGACGCCCUCGAGCCGACAACACCAAAAGAAUGGACAGCUGUUCCCGAAAGGCCGAGCCCGGGCAGACCGGGGUCCUGGUCAAAGGAGUCUGAGGGACAAAAAGAGAACUCGUGAACAGGGAUUCUGACUGCCUCGACUCAUUCUGACCCCACGAUAAACUGUUAUGAGCUGUUUAUAAGCUAGCUGCCACAACUGCACUCCAUUUCCAAAACUCCACUAUGUUGAAAAUGUGUUGGUGAAGGGUGAUGGAAGAAAAAGAAAAGUUAUUAUUCAUGUUGUUUUUUCCCCACUAAUGGCUGAAAAAGCUUCUGUCACAAAAGCAAAAGUACACGAGCGUGCGGCCUCUGCCGGGCGCUCGUCUUCAAACUGCUCUGUCGUUAAAGAACUGGUGAAACCGUUAAUCAAAACUGAGAAUUUACUGCUGUUCAAUGGAAUUUAGCAUGCUGUAAACAUGUUCUGUUCAAAGUCACACCUGCUGAGAUGUUCAGUAAAUAACUGGUGUCUUAACCUCCUGCUGUACACUCCUGUACGUGACAUAAGACUUUGCUGUCUGUGAACUGUUCAGGUGGAGCCACCGUCAUCCCUCAGAUGUUUAUUAUUUAAUCUUUAUUUAUAUAAUUCUGGUUCAUUUGAGCUUUAGCUUUAAUGCCCGUUCUUUCAACCUUCAUGACAUCCAGCAGUGUUACUGACAUUUAGACACAUUGAAUACAAAAAAAGUUGGACUGCAGGGAACACUUCAUCUCAAGUAACCAUUUUUAGUGUUUAUAAGCAGUAAAUAAACGUAAUAAUUGUUGCUGUAGUGAGAUCUGUAAAUGAUUAAUGCAGUAUUUCUCAACAUCUGUAACUCUUGUCAUAAAAAACACCAUAAUAUACUAA